CUUCUCUCUAACCAGUCCAGGCAAACUAAUUCCGGAAAGCGCUGGAUGAUCGAGAAAAAAAAUAUUCUGAAAGACCAAAGAUCUGAUAAGCCAUGUCGGAGUCGGAGGAAAAUGUUAAGGAAGCGGAGAUGGAGGUAGUAGAGGAGGAGAAGUCCGCAGAAGAGAUAGAAUGGGAAAACAAUGUGAAACAAUCGCCACAGUUUAAUGAGCUGUUACAAGCCAACCUUGAUGCUGAGGUCAUCUUCGAGAUGUUUAAGCUUAUUGAGCGUGGGAUGUUCGCGUAUACAGAUAUCGACGAAAUUGUGAGAAAGACGAUCUGUAGACUUACAAAGAAACAAGGAGUCCAAUUUUUCAAGGUGCUUGGCACCAAAGACCUCUCGUACAUUGCCAGGAAGGGGCCAUACUUGUGUUCACAGAUCAAGAUAUUCAACUACUACAUACAGCAAAAGGCAACCAUCUUUAAUGGCCCAGAUCAGCAGAAAGUCCAGGAACUCCUUGAUAGGACCAACUAUAGCCUUAAAGUUUCCACAGGAAUGCGUCAGUACGGUGGCCCGCCGCCAAAUUGGGACGGGGAACCACCCGAACAUAGAGAAAUAUCGGUCUCCAAAAUCCCGCCUGAUUGGUAUGAAGAUAAACUGGUCCCGGUGUUUGAAAAGUUCGGGAGAAUCUAUGAGCUCAGGAUCAUGAUAGAUAACAUUACAGGGUUGACGAGGAACUUCUGUUAUGUGAAGUAUUGCGAUGAAACUGAAAACAUCGCAGCUCUCGACAAGAUCGACAUGCUGGAAAUUGAGGAUGGCAUCGAACUGAAGGCCAAUUUCUCCUCGUGCAAUAAACGACUAUUUGUUGGCAACCUGCCCAAAACAGAAACUGCUGAGGCAUUAAAGCAGACUUUCGAGCCAUUUGUGGAAGGGCUUACAGAUGCGGAAGUGUUUGUCUCAGAAGAAAUGAAGGAAGAGGGCUUGAAGAAUAGGGGCUUUGUUUUCCUCGAGUUUAAAAAUCACGGAAUGGCAGCAGAUGCUAAGAGAAUUAUACCAGGAAUAGGAGAAAAGAUAUAUGAAGGCAAAUUACUGAAGGUUGAAUGGGCCGAGCCGGUUUAUAUUCCCACAUCUGAGGAAUCGGCCAAGGUAAAAGCUGUUCAUGUCAGUAACCUGUCCAAAGAUGUUAAUGAGGAUAUUCUGAGGACAAAGUUCGAGCAGUUUGGGAAAUUAUUCCAUGUGCAGAAAGUUCGUGACUACGCAUUCGUUCACUUUGAGUAUCGGGAUGAUGCGUUAAAAGCGACCGAGGAAGGUGAUGGGAUGGAAAUAUGUGGGUACAAAGUAAACGUAAGGCUGUCAACAUCGGGACCAAUGAAACGUAAGAUCAAACGGAAAAAUGAGAUGGCGCGUCUCCGAGGGGAGUUUGGGUUUGGAAAGAGGAAGGAAAGACAGCCUCCGCCACCCCCAAGAAAUUUUGGACGAGGAGGAGGAGGUGGUUUCCGUGGCAACCGAGGUUUCGGCGGAGGAAACAGGUUCGGCGGUGGUGGUGGUGGUUACGGUGGCGGCGGUGGAUUUGGUGGCGGUUACGGUGGCGGUGGUGGAUAUGGUGGAGGAGGUGGUGGAUAUGGUGGACAGAAGCGUCGCUUUGACGAUAGGGGAAACGGAGGAUAUGAAGAUAGGUACAGCAAUUAUGGCGGUGGCUUCAAUGGCGGCUAUGGUGGUGGCGGCGGUGGAUAUGGGGGUGGUGGCGGUGGAUACAGUCGGGGUGGGAAUCGAUUUGGGCAGGGUGGGGGAAAGUUUCCCAGAUACUAGGCCUAGCAACCAACCCCACAAGGAGAGUGACUGGAGUCUUUGACUUCUUUAAUUCCGUCAAUGGUUUUGAUAUUUCCGUGGACAUUUGUGUUAUAGGGAAAAUUACUUGAACAUUGUUCAUUUCAAUGUAAAUCAAGUUCCUAUUGAUCAUUGCAAGGAAUAAUCCCUGUAUACUAGGCCCAGCAGCAAUUAUCAUGGUGAGAUUCACUUUGUGACACAGUGAACAGUUUUUGAUGCAGAAACUUGAGAUGCAGAAAACAGUUUUAUGAGAGAUGUGAACUGUUCGUGUGAAUUUUGUUCAAUUUCAUUUUAAAUCAUGAUACUGUGAUGUCUUUGAAUGGAAGCAUUUAGGAGAUUUUAGUGGUUGAAAUAAACCCAUUGGUAUUGCUUGUGUGAAACAGUCAACAGUUUUUAUUUGGAGGCAUUCAACAGUUUUAGCAAAAGUUUGAACCAUGAUAACAGUUUUCUAGAUAUUUGUCAGAUCAGUAAACAGCCAUUUGUGGUAAUUAAUAGUUUCUGAUUAUAAAUACCUGAUCAUACAUUUAUCAGAAUCAGAAAAAAUGUUUUUCACCAUUACAACAAAAAAUUGUUUUAUAAAAGCAAUAAGUUGACGCAGUGAAAAAUUCUUCAAAAGAACCAUCCAUUUGUAUAAAUUCAUUUUCUGUAUGAAAGAAAUUAUGGUUUUGCAUGAUAGCUCUUUAUAAACAUUUGGAAUGAAAUGAAAUAUGUGUUUCUUUGAAAUUAGAUUUUGUAAAUUGUAUUCAUCGUUAUCAAUAUAGAUGUAAACAUCAUAAAUCACUACUGAAAACAGUUGAUUUAUUUUUGUGAUCACAAGUUGCAAAGUUUGCAUUACUGCUGUUAGAAAACCUUUUUUUUUGACCAAUUAAUGAUUUUAUUUUGUAUAUUUUUUUUUUGCGAUGCUUUUUUAUUAUCCAUAUCAUGAGUCAUCAAGUGUUCGUUCAUGUGCUGUACUUAUUUUCCAUUAUCAUUUGGGAUUUUCCAAUAAAAUAAUAAAAUUG